AUGCUGAAGGUUGAUAACGUGGUGUCCAUAGAGGACUGUACAGCAUUGUGUGAUGACCAGACUGGCUGUGUUUCAGUCACCCACCGACCAGCCACCUCCCGGUGCUGGCUGAAGAACAAAGAGUUCGGUGCUAAUCCUCAGGAUAUGGCAGGAGUUAACAGCAGAAAUCUCAAAUGUGGAGAGCAACAAUUCACGAUGAAGGUGGUUUGUGACGAUGAGAUGACACUCUGGGUUGAUGGAGUUCAGAUAGACGUAGAUGGGCAAGGGGUCUACGACCAGGUGUCUACUCUUAACAUUCCUUCGACCACUCAGGUGCUAGGGAUUAAAUGUGUUAACAUAGGAGGGGGUUAUGGGAUUAUGGCCGCCGUCGAAGAUGCAGCAGGGGACAAUGUUCUCAUGACUGACAACUCUUGGAGUUGCUCAAAUACAGCUGAUGAUGGGUGGGAGAAAGCGGACUUUGUUGAAGGAGACAACUGGAAAUAUGCAGCAUCUUACAGCAACUCUGGCUAUAUCCCCGAUGGAGCACCAUGGAGCUCGAUGUCAGCAAAUAAACAAAUCAUCUGGACUGAUAGCCCCGCAGAUACCACUGUUUACUGCCGAAAAGUCCUCCCAUCGACAGUUGAUGGUGGAUGGAGUGAUUUCGGUGGUUGGUCUGAGUGUUCUGAAGAUUGUGGGACAGGAACACAGAAUCGAACUAGAUCCUGCACAAACCCUACUCCUGAACGCGGUGGAAAAGAAUGUGAGGGAGGUAGCACUGAGACUCGGGAAUGCAACACACAAGGAUGUCCUGUGAAUGGUGGAUGGACUGAUUUCGAAGAAUGGCCCGGUUGUUGUACAGAAUGUGGUACAGGAACACAGACCCGAACUAGAACCUGCACAAACCCUACUCCUGAACGCGGUGGAAAAGAAUGUGAGGGAGGUAGCACUGAGACUCGGGAAUGCAACACACAAGGAUGUCCUGUGAAUGGUGGAUGGACUGAUUUCGAAGAAUGGCCCGGUUGUUGUACAGAGUGUGGUACAGGAACACAAACCCGAACUAGAUCCUGUACCAACCCUACUCCUGAACACGGUGGAGAACAAUGUGAGGGAUCAGCUACAGAAACGCGGAGUUACGAUACCCUUAUCCUCCCAUGUCCGAGUGAAGCUGAUGAGAAUGCGAUCUCCUCUACAAAGCAGAUUAUAAGUCGAAAAGAUCAAUCAUAA